AUGUGGAUAGGGUCAGAGGUGAGUCAGCAGAUUUUGGUGCCGCGCGCCACUGCGUGGAAUGCAGCGCAGCUGUAUGUGAAACAUUGCUGGAGAACUCUACGGGGCGCUAGUCUCGCAGAAACCGAACAGAUGUCCACGCGAACCAGCCAAGACUUUCGCCAACAGGAAGAGGAGGAUUUGGAGCCCUUGCUGCUGGCGGAGAAUGUUCAAGUGACCAACGGCGGCGUCUCCGUGAUGAUCACCUUCCCCGAAUCCAUCAAUGCGAACCAUGUGGUUUGCCAAUUGAAAGUGGAAGGUUUCAACGAGCGGGGCGAGAAUGUGAAAGCGCGAAGUUCCUUGGAGGGAGAAGAACUUCCGUGCGUUUCACAUCGUUUCAUCGUUUGCCGCACCUGGACCCUGGCGGACUUUGAGUUGAUGUAUGCGUCCUUUUGUCGCAUGAAUAACAUGGAGAUGGAACGAGUCACCGAAGACGCCCUGCAGGAAUAUGGCAUGGUUCUGGCCAAGGACCAGCUCAAGGUCUGCAGCGGUCUGCGGAAGCCCUUGAUCUUCGAGGAGAUCGCGGAUCAGGAAGUCAUCGACUGUCCGGGUCUGAUCAUGGUCAGUGGCGACAACAUCUCGGCGCGCUCGGCCUUGGGUCCCGCCGUGGACUUGACGGGGGGCGGCUCUGAUGCGGGAGGUAGCAUUCUCCGCACGAUCAGCUCCACGAAGUCGCCCUUUCUGGGCGGCAGCGCGGCUUCGCCCUCGGGCCGUCGUGCCGCCAACGCCCAGGUGGAUGUGACCUGGCGAUGCGGAGACGGGGCAGCGUCCUUGAAAAGCGGGUCACUUGGAGCCGACGUUGGUGACAGGAAUAUCGAUCCACCUUCCAAUCCGUGGGCUUCUUGGAGCGGCUUGGCCUGGGAUGAAAAGGUGUCCAGGGAUAUCUCAAGGAACGCCUGGCCCCGCUACCCCCAUGCCCUGGACAUGGGCUACGGCACCGGCUGGAUGCCCAGUUUCCUGCUGUUGAAUUCCUUUUAUCCAGUGGAUAACAUCCUGAACGGCAUCAAAGCAGGAGCCAACGCCUUGGCCCUACCGGUGGCAUACGACACAGUUCGGGCCAUUGGGGGCCGAGCCUUUGCCGACACCUUGCUGCGGGUUGGCACGGCACCGCUCUACGGCCUGGUCCCCUACCUCUGCGAAGCCUUUCUGUACCUGCUGCAGAUGUUCUCAUUUCUAAUGUUGCCCUUCCUGCUGCUGUUCUUUGGUAUGUGCUAUGAGUUGGUGGGCAUGUUCUUCGCCGUGAACCCGGAGGAAUAUUCCACGGAUUCGCGAACUCAGUCGCACAUUCCGGACAUGACCUUCUCUGCAGUUGUCUCAGGACACAGCGUGGAGGAUUGGAUGAAGGGUCUCUCCAGCGUCUCCUUCGUGGCCUUGAUCGGCAGCACCGUCACGGCGAGCACCAUGAUCAUGCUCAUUUGCGAGUCGAACUUCUUGAGGAACCUACCCCCAGCAGCCUUCCAACAUGGUUUUCAUCAGUUGAUGAAUGGCAUGGGAUCCAUGUUGGUCAGCAGUUACGUCUGGGUCAUCCUCAGCUUCGCCAUCUCCAGCGUGCUGUGGUUCGCCAUGGUGGUUGUCAUCUAUCCGGAACAGAUGCUUACAGCCUUAGCGUGUGCUGGCGGUCUGGCGGCCGUCUUUACCACCAUGCUCACGGGGCUGAAAAACACGAAAGAUGAAUUGGAGCGGAUGCUCCACGACGAGAUUCCGGAGGUCUUGGAACUGGUCUGCGACAGUUUCUUGGACCAAUACGACAAGAUAUCUAGUGGCAGCUCCAAACGUGUCAUUGCCACCUACCGGAAGCUGGAAGAAGAAUUGGCGGAGCGCACCCAUGCGUACGUGAAACAUCGCCUGGAGAACAAUAGCCUCAUCAAACAGGAUGUCUUGGGGGACGAGAAGAAACUUCCAAAGGAAGCUCUGGGGUGUCUCUUCACGCGGGCACUGGUGAAGAGUAAACUUUGGAAGGACAUCUUGCACCAAGAGCAGCACGAGGAUGAACACCAGAACCCCGAAGAUAUGGUGCAGACCACCGACACGGUCCUCGAAUCGCUAGGUCUGCCGCAAGAGGAUACCACAAAGAUGCAUUAUUUGGACCUCCGCAUGCGCUUGGAAGACAAAGAGCGUGAGGAAGGCGGUGAGAACAUUCACAAAUAUGGGCCCGAUCUGCAGCAGAAACUGAUGAAGGUCUACGUUCGCAUGCAGGAUGUGCACAUGGAGACCCCACCGGACGUUCACGAAGCAUUGAUCAAUCCGAAACGACUGGCCAAGUGCGACUUGGAGGAGAAAACUUGGGGAUUUUGUGGCCCAAAAUAG